CCCGGCCCCCACGCUGCGGCUCUGCCUUUACCCUCUGGUCUCUGCCGUGGUUCCCACUUCAGCGCCUCUGCUGUUGUCUUGGCCAGGACCCUUUGGCUGACCCUGGGUCAUCAUCCCCGUGAACUGGGUAACUCACCACCCCAGAGCUUAGUGGAGUCAAACACCAAGUACAUGGGCUGCAUUGAGGUGCUCAGAUCCAUGCGUUCUCUGGACUUCAGCACUCGGACCCAGGUGACCAGGGAGGCCAUCAAUCGGCUCCACGAGGCUGUGCCAGGCGUCAGGGGCUCCUGGAAGAAGAAGGCCCCCAACAAAGCUCUGGCCUCUAUCCUGGGCAAGAGCAACUUGCGCUUCGCAGGCAUGAGCAUUUCCGUGAACAUUUCUAUCGAUGGCCUCAACCUCUUGGUGCCCGCCACGCGUCAGGUCAUCGCCAGCCACCACAUGCAGUCCAUCUCCUUCGCAUCGGGCGGUGACACGGACAUGACGGAUUACGUGGCCUACGUCGCCAAGGACCCCAUCAACCAGAGAGCCUGUCACAUCCUGGAGUGCUGCGAGGGCCUGGCGCAGAGCGUCAUCAGCACCGUGGGGCAAGCCUUCGAGUUGCGCUUCAAGCAGUAUCUGCACAGCCCCCCCAAGGCAGUCGUGCCCCCCGAAAGGCUGACCGGGCUCGAGGAGCCGGCCUGGGGGGACGAGGAGGAGGCCGAGGGGCACAACUACUACAACAGCAUUCCGGGGAAGGAGCCGCCACCCGGCGGGCUGGUGGACUCCAGGCUGGCCGUCACGCAGCCCUGCACCCUCGCAGCCCUUGGCCAGAGAGCAUCUCCCUUGCAAAGGGACACCCGCAGCCUGCAGUGGGACCAGGGCUCUUCCGGCUCAGCCCCGUCAGGGGAUGGCUACGUGCAGGCGGACGCCCGGGGGCCUCGGGAAUACGAGGAGCACCUGUACGUCAACACCCAGGGUCUGGACGCCCUGGAGCCCGAGGACCUGCUGUCCCUGCAGCCCGAGGAGAGCCCCAAGAAGGACCUGUUCGACAUGCGACCCUUUGAGGAUGCCCUGAGGCUGCACGAGUGUGAGGCGGGCAUAGCGGAAGACCAGUGGCCCAGCCCUCCCACCCGCCGGGCCCCCAUCGCCCCCACGGAAGAGCAGUUGCGGCAGGAACCCUGGUACCAUGGCCGCAUGAGCCGCCGAGCGGCUGAGAGGCUGCUGCGGGCUGAUGGGGACUUCCUGGUACGAGAUAGCGUCACCAACCCUGGCCAGUAUGUCCUCACGGGCAUGCACGCCGGACAGCCCAAGCACCUGCUGCUGGUGGACCCCGAGGGUGUGGUGCGGACGAAGGAUGUGCUGUUCGAGAGCAUCAGCCACCUCAUCGACUACCACCUGCAGAACGGGCAGCCCAUCAUGGCUGCUGAGAGCGAGCUGCAUCUGCGUGGUGUGGUUACGCGGGAGCACUGAGCCGAUGCCGGGUGAAGGUUCUCAGUGGCUCCUGCUCCCAGACACCCCCGUCGUGGCCUUAUGGGCGCUCAGCCUUCCCCUCCGGGCCUGGCUGGAACCACAGGACCGCUGCUGUCUGUCCUCCCUCCGCAGGAGCCUUGGCAGCCCUCCCCGCCUGUGCCUGCCGCCCGCACUGAGCUGGUGCUCAUACCAAAGACAGAGCCUUCCUCGCCUUCAAAGCAGACACCUGGGAGUGCAACCUUGCCUGGCCUCGCCCCACCGUCCCCAUGAUGGGCCGAGACCCCAUGUCCUCCUCCCUGGCUGGACUCGAGUUAUGGAACAGAGUGUGCCCGCCCCAGGGUGCCCACAUGGGUCCUGCGCUGGGUAGGCUCCGCUGCCUACCUGAGAAGCCAGGUGCUCACUGUCUUGUUCGGGGAGAACUAAGGUGCUUUGCGGGGGGCGGGUCUCAGGCCAGGGCACAUGCUGAUGUUACGGUGGGGGGCAGUCCCAGGGCCUCCCCCGGCUGCUCCGGGUCAGGGGACUGGACGAUUAUGAGGCCCCCUAGCUGCCCCCCAGCUGCAGACUGGACUGGACGCUGGAUCUGUUUGUAAUUAAACCUGGGUGUGACUAUGGCCUGAGCAUAGCCCCACUGCACGUGCAGGGGCCUGUGGGGUUGGGGGCUGGUGGAGGCCCCCAGGUAGAUCCAAGGAGGGGCUGGGGACUGGAGGAGAGAGCUGUGCUGAACCUGGGGGGGGCAGCCCUCCUCCCAGAAACCCCCAACUCUCUGACUCCUCUUUUAUUUCAAGAUAAAGCUCAUUUCAGUCCUGCUAAAGGUACCCCCACUUCUCCCUAAUUUAUUUCCCAAAUGCUGUGGCCUCUCUCAGAUCCCGAGUUGCUAGCAAAGCCCCUGGAUAGCUUCUCAAGGUGCCCCAACUCUAGCCGGAUGUGAUGGUGCACACCUGUCAUCCCAGCACUCAGGAGGCUGAGGCAGGAGGAUCACAAGCUUGA